UGACGUCAGAAAGCGCGCCCGACCGAAGUUCGUCCGGAUUUUGCAGGCGUGAGUCCUGCCUCUUGGAGCUCAUGGUGCGCUGCGGUUGCGCUUUGUUGAGAAAGUAUGGAAAUUUCAUUGAUAACCUAAGAAUCUUCGCCAAGGGAGGAAGCGGUGGAAUGGGUUACCCUCGUUUAGGUGGAGAAGGUGGAAGAGGUGGUGAUGUCUGGGUUGUGGCCCAUAAAAAUAUGACCUUAAAACAACUUAAAAACAAAUAUCCUCAGAAACGGUUUGUGGCUGGAGGAGGAGCAAACAGUCGAAUUAGCGCACUGCAGGGCUCCAAGGGAAAGGACUGUGAAGUGCCUGUUCCUGUGGGUAUCUCAGUAACUGAUGAAAACGGCCAAGUGCUAGGAGAACUCAAUAAAGAAGAAGACAGAAUUCUUGUUGCUAAAGGUGGCCUUGGUGGUAAAUUACAUACAAAUUUCUUACCUUUGAAAGGUCAGAAGCGCAUAAUUCACCUUGACCUAAAAGUCAUAGCUGAUGUAGGCCUAGUAGGAUUCCCAAAUGCUGGAAAAUCCUCCUUACUAAGUCGGGUUUCCCAUGCAACACCCAUGAUUGCAGAUUAUGCGUUUACAACACUAAGGCCUGAACUUGGAAAGAUUAUGUACAAUGAUUUCAAACAGAUUUCAGUAGCUGAUCUCCCAGGUUUGAUAGAAGGAGCACAUAUGAACAAAGGCAUGGGCCACAAGUUCCUCAAGCAUUUAGAGAGAACCAGACAACUCCUUUUUGUUGUUGAUAUUUCUGGAUUUCAGCUAUCUUCUGUAACUCCAUAUAGGACUGCCUUUGAAACUAUAAUACUUCUCACAAAAGAGUUGGAGUUGUACAAAGAAGAACUGCAGACAAAACCUGCACUCUUAGCAGUUAAUAAGAUGGACUUGCCGGAUGCCCAAGUUAAACUUCAGGAACUGAUGAAGCAGCUCCUGAGCCCUGAAGAUUUUCUGCAUUUAUUUGACACAAAGAUGAUUCCAGAGAAGGCUCUAGAGUUCCAGCACAUCAUUCCCAUCUCAACAGUCACUGGGGAAGGCAUUGCAGAGUUGAAGAGCUGUAUAAGGAAAGCACUGGAUGAACAGGAUGGCAAAGAAAGCGAUGCGCAUCGCAAAGUCACAUCAAAGUGUGCUGCUACUGUCUCCAGAAAAGGCAGCAUUCAAGCCUAGUACAGCGUAUUGACGGAAUACUGUUUCCUUCUAAGGAUCAGAAAAUCAUGUUUAAAACGUGGAUGAGCCUGAAAUGCAUGAUGUUCAAAGAAGCCAGGCAGGCAUAGCAAGACAAAUAUCAAUGAUCUCACAUGCGGAAUCUUAGAAAGACAAAUCUGAACUGAUAGAAAUCCUGAAAAAUGAUAAUUGUGUGUAGUAUAAAUAGGAGCUAGAAGAUUAAGAGAUAUUGGUCAGAAGGUACAAAGUUUCAGUUAAGCUUUUCAGAUCUGCUAUGUACCUUGUUUGUAGAAUAAUGUAUCAUAUUUAAAAAUUUGUCAGAAAGUAGUUUUAAGUGUUCUGACCACAAUUUUUGAGAAAAAUAUAUUUUAAAAUAGAUUUGACUCUGUUUUAAAACAUGCUGUUUAUGAUAUAGACACGUGUAUAAUUUUGUAUCAGUUAAAAAUAGUAUUGAAAUUACAUUAAUUUGAAAGCUUUUCCACAUUUUAAAGAUAGUAUUUAUCGGUAUAUGUGUCAUCAUUCAGGAAAAUAAAUUUUCAUCUUCCUUUCCUUCUUCUGGCUUUAGCUCAGCAAGAUGGUUCACUUUUUUGCAUAAAGUGUACAGAAGACCCAGGCUAGCAAGCACACAGUCUAGUGGGGCUCUUGUAUUUCAUUCCUGAUGUGGGUGCUGAUUGGGUCCUAUCCCUUUGGUGGGAGCUUAACCUCACAGCCUGGCUAAUGGAUAACUGGGUCAAAGAGUCCUCACUGGCUAACCUACUUUGAUUUUCAAGUUUCUUACAAUUACCCCCUUUAUUACAUUAUUUUUCAAAUUUAGUCAGUUUAUGUUGGCCAUUUGAAGUCUCUAGGAAGAGUAAAUUAUAUAAUCAGUGGGAAAGCCCACCUUCCAAGAAGAUAGGUUUUAUUAAUUCCUGCCUAAAGUAUUUAAAAAAUAUUUACAAACAGAGAAUUUUUUUUCCUUUAGGUGAAAUGUGAAAUGUGCAUGCUUACUUCUAAAAAAUACAUCCAAGCAGUACACAGGAGCAUGAGGCAGCAACAGACCUUGGCUAGAGAAAGUUACAGUCAGUGGCUUAAGGUUUUAUGAAAAUUUUACAGUUUCCCACAAAUGAGUUCACUGUAAUUUUCUUUUCUUUUUUUUCUUUUUGCAAAGUAGCAGCAAGUUAAUGAACUUUAAAAAAUUCCUUAGCUAAGCAUGGUGGUGUGGGCCUCUUCCCACACCACUUGGGAAGGAGAAGCAAGGGAUUUUGAGUAAAAAACAGCCCCUCCUGGGUGACAAAGCAGAUUGUAGGUUGCUCUGGAUUUCAUAAUGGAACGAGGUUUAAAAAUACUGGUUUUUAACAGUAUGGUUUUUUUUUAAUUAUUGUAUGUGGUUUGUUGUUUUGUCCUCAAGUAAGUCUAUGUACCAUCUGACUGUGUGAAUGAAGUGUCCAUGACAGCCAGAAGAGGGGGUCAGAUAUCCUGGACCUGAAAUUCUCUACAGUGGAAAGCCACCAUGCAAGUGUGGGAAAUCAGAACCAGGUCCUCAGCAAGAGCAGCCAGGCUUCUUAACUUCUGAGCCGCCUUCUCCAGCCCCUUUCUUUAAUACUUUUUUAAUUUGUUAAAAAUUAUUUAAUAAUUUAUUGUUUAGUAAAAGUUAUGGUCAUUGACCCCUUUUUAAAAAUCCUUUUUUUAAUUGUAUGUUGAUUGUACUUAAAUUUCUUCUGACUUAAUAAUGUGUAUAGUUUGAUAAAAUAUUAUUUGAAUUGUAAUCUAGUUUCUGUUCCUAAUGUUUCCUUCUCGUUCUAGUGCAUGGACUAGUUUUUCUCGGAUCUCUUUUUUCUUCAUUACAGGGGAAUUUAUUGAGCACUGUGCAGGGCGCUGCACAUGCAGUGCUACAAAGAACAGGUAGAACUCUUAUCCUGCUUGCACUACACAGCAGAAGCUGUGGGGAGCUGGCAUGGCCUACUUCAUAACAAAGAAGUGAAGCUGAGGAAAAGCAUGACGAACUUAUACUGGUCAGCCUACAUGAUUGAAGCUGGCCUUGUUAGACACUUUAUCCCAUCGGUUCCCUUUUCAAAUGUUUUCUACCCACCAACGAGUAGCAGUGAGGACAGCUUUGUGAGGUGAAUUCAAGAGUCCGCACUUUGGCCUGAUUUUGUCUUAGUGCUGGUCUUAGUUAGGUUGUCUUAGGAGGGUAUCUUAGUUAGGGUUUCAUUGUUGUGAAGAGGCCAUGACCAAGGCAACGCUUGUAAAGGACAACGUUUACUUGGAGCUGGCUUAAAAAUUCAGAGGACCAGUCCAUUAUUGCCAAUGGUGGGAAGGAAAGCAGUAUGCAGACAGAUAUGGUGCUGGAAGAGCAGAGAGUUCAACAUCUUAAUCGGAAGGCAGCCAGAUGGAGACUCCUCUGAGGGCAGCCAGGAGGGGGUGUGGGGGUAGUCUCUGCACUGGGUGGAGCUUGAGCAUUGGAGAUUCAAAGCCCACCACCAUGGUGACACACUCCGACAAGGCCACAACUCCUAAUAGUGCCAUUCCCUGGGUCAAACAUAUCCAAACCACCACAUUCCACUCUCUGGCUCCCAUAGGCUUGUUCAAAUACAUGAGUCAAACUAUGGGGGCCAUACCUAGCCAUAGCGUAAUGCAAAAUAUAUUUAGUCCAACUUCCAAAGUCCAGUAGUUUAUCAAUAGUAGUAAUCUUAGCAAUGUUUAAUAAAAGUGCAAAGUCUCUUCUGAGAUUCAUGCAAUUUUUUAACUAA